CUCCUUUGGCUAAUUUGAGCACUUUUUCCAUGCUAGAACCUGAAAUUUUCAAAAACAAAAAUUUGGUGCCCGGGACGGUUCAUUUACGGUCCGUCUACGGGCCGGCGACGGACCGUCUACGGACCGGAAACGGCCCAACUACGGCUCAAGAGCCAUCUCGGUCGGUAAAUGUGGUUUUUUCUCUAAAUAAUGCAUUUAACGACGUAAAAAUGCUUGAAUUAGCCAACUGGUAUCAUAGGUAUUAAAAAAAAUUCGUUUUCUUAAAAUCCAUUUUUUCCUCUUAAUGACCAUUUUUUACAUUCCCCGUAGUUUGCCCGUAAUUGGUCCGUCCCGCUUUUCAUAUCCGUAGUUCGCCCGUUAAUGGUCCGUUCCCGGUCCAAGAUCCGUAAACGGACCGUACCCGCUUUGCCUGUGGCAGAGUGAGUGCAAGACUGAAGUGGUAAUUAUGAAGAUUGAUAUUGAAACUGGAGAGCACACAGGCUUGGAGCCAUUUUUGAGAGAAUUCUUUGUUGUUGCCAGUUAAGCCCAUUUUAUUGAAAUGUUUUUUUUUAAGUAACUAUAAACCUACUUUUAGGCAAAACGACAGAAAAACGAAUUUCAAAAAAAACUUCGAAUUAAAAUUUUACUGUUUCAUGUAUAUUAUCAGAGUUUUCAAAAUUUGAAAUUAAAAUUAAAACUGUUCUAUCUUCCUUUAAACACGAUUUCAAUUGAAAAAAGUCAAGCUUGUUCGCCUGCCUCGCGCCUUCGUUCGCGCCUUCGGGUCUAUUUUUUACUGAGAAAAAAACAGAUUUUACUGAGAAAAAACAGUUAUACUUUUCAGUUCAUGUCGAAAAAGGGAAUGAAGUUUCUUUCUCGUUUAGAGAAGGAGAUCGCCGCCAAUCGAAGAACUUGAACUUUUUUAGUAAUUCUUUUUUUAUAAAAUGAAUGUUUGGUUGGAAUAAUGAACUCAGAGAAUAUCAAAUUUCAGUUUCAUAAAUUGAACUUACUACAAAUUAAUCUUUGGCAUUUGAGAGUAAUCAUCCGCCAUUGACUGAUUUCUUUGAUUCGAAUCUUCUAUUUCGGUUCUUAUACUUUUCAAGAGUUAUAUUCAAGUACUUUGUUGUCGUUUUGAAAGUCAUAGACCACAUUUUAACACUAAAACUACAAUUAUCAAAUAUACAAUCUCGAUAAUUUUUUUUUGUAUUUUUCUAGUCCAAAUAGAGCUUUUUACGUAGACAGAAAUACAAAUAACAAUGUGUGGAACUAAAAGCAAUGUGGAUGCAAUACUAAUAGGUACAUCACCGUAGUUUUCAAACAAGACAGAAAUCGCUUUAAAAAAUUGGAGGCCGUUAUAUUUUACAUUUAUUGUCUAUUAUCAAAAAUCUUUCCAAGAAAAAGACAGAAGAAUAAAGCAAUGAUUUUCAAAAGUAACACCUUUGGGUGUUUACAGCAAAGUGGGCCACCUGGCACUUGACUACAUGAAGAAAGUUGUAAUUUGAUUUGUUUUCUUACAUUUCUGAAUUACUAUUUGCAUUAAAUAAUUCUUGAAUAAUUUAUGAACGUGUUGUUCCGGAUAAUGAUAUAUAUCCUCUUUUACGUUCAUAGACGAAAUUCAAUUUAUUGCUAACAAAUUAGAAAUCGAUAUUCAGAUUUCCUGGAGUCAGGUAAGCUAAACACAGGGUUUUUAAAGGAAAAUGGUCAUGUUUUCUAGAACACAAAUGACAAGUCCUGAUGAGCACUCACCGGAGAAGAAAGAUUCAGAAAACGAAGUGGUGCCGGCGGGGCCAAAACAAAAGGCAAAGUGUCUUGAGAAGGAAACCAAAUCUCCGCCGAAACCAUCAGAUUUAUCGAAAGCUGAAAGAAAGGAAAAGAAUAAUAAGACUGCAAGAAGAGAUGUGAAGAGUUCUCGAGGAAAUGUGAAAACCAUGAAGCCAUCUGUUGUUAAAGUAGAAGAACGAUCGUCUCGAUCAAAGAAAAGUAUUCGCGAAGGAAAGCUGAAAAACUUCUCCCUUCCGAAAGACGAACCCGAGAUUACUGCUCUGCAACUUGACGCCGAACUUACAAAGAGUGCUCGUUUGAUGGAAGAAUACAAGAUUGCCCUUGAGCAAAUCAUCACAACACUCGUAAGUAUGAUGAGACGUGGAAACGGGACGGUUGACAUGGAAAACAUUGUAAGCGACAAAGGACAAACGGCAGCGGAGAAGCUGAACAAGGAAGUACAGUUGACUCAAAACUAUUGGAAAACGGACACAAAGUUGCAACCAGCAAUGAACGAUGCAAUUGCAAAAAAUACUGUCGUUCUGGCAGCAGCUGAGAGAAAUUUGCAGACUCAAGGGCCCCAACAUCUCAAAAGAGUCAAGAAGUUUCUUUACGGUCAAUAUCCGAAGUAUGUGGAUAUGAAGAGAGACCUGCUGAAAAUUGUCAAACAGCAGAAGCCCGAAGCCCAAAGUGUUCGCGAUGAAAGUGCUCAAGCGAUUUCGAAGUUCAUCAAGGAAAAGUAUGUGAAUGCCAAAAUAUAUGCAUCUCGGAGAAAUUCAAAGUGCUUUCGGCGAGUUGAGCUUUUUCCAUCGUACAUCCGCUUUUACUUGGCAUCAAAUCGCUGAACGACAACCUCCAAAGUCUUCAUAUCACGCCGAGAACUUCGACUUUCAACAGUUCUUCACAGCACCUCCAAAAAUGUAAACUGUGACGUCACCAAUAAUUUUUUAUGAUGAUUUAUGAUAAUAAAGUGAGAGACGGAGAGAAAU